AUGUCGAAGAGGCCCAAGGCUUUUCUCAAGCAGCAGGCAAAGCCUAAGCAGAAGAAGGAACAGACCUUCAAUUCUGCAGAUGACUGGCUCCAAGCCGGUGUUGAUUAUGAAGAGGCCGCGGGCAAGUGGCGAGCGGGUGAUAGCGCCAAGUCAAUGAGAUUCUUCCAACGCUCAAUCGAGGCCUACGACCAAGGACUCAAGGCAUUUCCUUCCAGCUUGGAUCUUGCCUACAACAAGGCUCGCGUUUUGCUCGAGGUGGCAACACACCCAAUCUUGGUGGAACAGAUCAAGGGCCCACUCAUCAACACCCUCCGCGAGGCACUGGAUGCCCACCGCUACGCCCUGAAAUUAGACCCUGAUAAUGCAGAUGCUCUUUUCAACACGGCCCAGGUUCUAACCAGUAUUGCCGAGGAGGUUGCCAACGAUGAUGAUGCGCCAAACCAGGAAGCAUUGAAGCUGCUCCACGAGGCUUCUGAUCUGCAGGCAAAAUGCUACUCGAUUCAAGAGAUGAAGCUUCAAGAGAGCAUUGAACAGGAACGUCUGGCCAACGAGCAAGCUGCCAGCAUAGAGACAGAGAGUGAGGCAGCCGCUGCCCCGGCCGCCGAAGAGUCGCAUGACCACGAGUCCCACGACGAUGAAGAGGACGAGCAAUGGUUCACAGUCGUGGAGCCCGUUACACGCGACAGUCUCAUCGAUACACUGGUUGCUCAGCUCAACACCCUCACUACCUUCUGUAGCAUCUUGACAGACAAUCCUGAGAUCGCCCCACCUGCAACGCUACCCAUGAUCGAAGAACACUCUACCCAACUUGUUCAAAAGAUCCCGUCGCUAGUGCAAGACAAGCCGGAAAGACUGCAGGAGAUUUCCUUCUCAAAGGCCAACUUUGCCUCUGUACUCCUGGAAGCUGGUUUCAAGACGGGCAAGGUCGAUGCUGCAACAUACAAGAAAGAGCGCGAUGCCGCCUUCAACGUUCCAGAGCUCGUGUCAAACGGCACGGCAGAGAUUAUGCUGUCCAAUGCACGAUCACUGCUUUCAUUCAACUCGGCAUUGGCUGAUGUUUAUUCAAACGAGGGAGCGCUCCGAUGGAAUGCUUUGACCGAGAGUAUCCAACACCUUGCCACGGCAUCGAAAAUCCAAGGCAUUGAACAGUCCGAGCUGGCCUUGACUCACCUUUUGCGGGGAGAUGCGAACCUGUUCCUAUACGCUCUUGCAUUGCCUCCGGUAUCGCACCAGUCCGCCAUCACCAACGCAGCUAAUCUGGCCAAGAAUGCCGAGGUGUUUUACCGCAACGCGAGCAAACUCUCAGGCGCUCGGGAGGAAAAGGCCGUCGCAGCCUUGCGCUCAACGGUCUCGCAGCAUCUGCAACAACAGGUGGCACAGGGCACUCCACUCGACAUCGGUGCGAUAGUGAGUUCGAGCCCAAGCGGCCCGCAAUGGGCUGUAGAGCAACUCGAGGACAUGGUGGCAGAGGGAUUGCUGCCACAAAGUUUAACGAUCUAG